AGCCCCCUGCUUGUGGUGCUGGGGGAGGGGGAGCGAGACCCGUGGGCAGAGCCCGCUGCGGUGGGGGGCAUCGGGCAGGAUGGGGCCCUCCCGCUGCCCCUGGGGGGGCUGUGCUCACUCAGCAGGGCAGGGGGGCUGUGUCCCGCAGGAGUCCAAUGGCCCCACGGAUGCCUACGCCGCCAUCGCCAAGGCGGACCGGCUGACCCAGGAGCCCGAGAGCCUCCGCAAGUGGAGGGAGGAGCAAAAGCAGCGGCUGCAGGAGCUGGACGCUGCCUCCAAGGUGCUGGAGCAGGAGUGGCGCGAGAGGGCCAAGAAGGAGCUGGAGGAGUGGAACCUGCGGCAGAUUGAGCAGAUGGAGAAGAACCGGGUUAACAACAGGGCUGUUGGGGUCUGGUGGGGGUGUCCAUCCAGCACCUCCCACAGUGAAGUCCCCAGAAGCGAGUGGAGCUGCAAGGGCCUCGGAGGAAGCCUUCCUGAAGGAGUCGAGGGAGGAGGACCCGGGCACGGAGUGGGAGAAGGUGGCGCAGCUCUGCGACUUCAACCCCAAGAGCAGCAAGCAGAACAAGGACGUCUCCCGCAUGCGCUCGGUGCUCAUCUCCCUCAAACAGACGCCCCUGGCGCGCUAGCCCAGCCGGAGCGCCGCAGGGGCCGGCACAGGGGCACGGCCCCCCACCAGCUUGCCUGGAUGCGCGCAGCAUGUGGGGCCCGUGGUGGCCAGCAGGGGUGCAGCCCCUGCCGUGAGCACCUCCUGCGGGCGGGUGGCUGUCGCUGUCCCCCUGGUUUUCCUUUGCUUAAAGGGUGCGUUGGUCUUUUUACACUUAUUUAUUACCGUGGUGGUUCCCUCGGUGGCGGGUGGGGUGGCUGGGCUGGGGCUCCUCCCUGCCAGGCCCCUGUUGCAGGUACCCCCUCCCCAGCCGGUGCCUGGGCCCAGGCUGGCUGUGAUGUUGGAGGUAGGAGUGUGACAUCACCGUCUGUUUGCGGCUCAGCUCAUGAGGAAUUGGGAUGUGCAGGGCUGGGGCAGGGGCAGGGGCUUGGGUGGGCAGGAGGGCCUGGCCUGGGGUGGUGUGUGGGGGCUGGAGAUGCUGAGCAGGGCAAGGGAGGAGCCUCCCCCAGGGACCCUGUCCUCUGGGUCCCACUAGGAGCUUCCUGCCCCCUGGCUCCAGCCUGAAUGGAGCUGCCUCGAUGACUGCUGCUGUGAGGGGAUGCUGAGCUUGGGUGGCUGACUCUCCUCCUCCCAGCAAGGCUUUGGCCCCCUGCCCAAGCUCCUCGCUGGUAGCAGGGGCAGGUGCUGGCUCUGUGCUGGGUAGGUCUGACCUAGCCCCUUCUGGCUCAGCCCCCAGCCCUGGGAUCCCAGCCUGUGCUGAGGCCUGGUCCAGGAGCCUGAGAUCUGCUCCCUGCUGGGCUGCGUAGACACCAUAUCACCUCUUGGGCAUGUGCUCAGCCACCUGUCUGCAAGGGCCUGGUGGGUGGGGAGGGCUGGGUACAGCUGGCCGGGAACUCGGGGCAAAGUCCACAGCAUGUGGCCUGAGCCUUGCCUUAGGAGACCCUCUCCAGCCCCACCCAGGCUGGCUCUGCAGGGCGUUGGCUCUGGGGUGCAGGAGGCUGCUGGCUGGGUGUGGAGCUGCCCAGCAGGGCAGGACAGGAGUGUGCUGCUUUGCACAGCUGGGGCUGAGCUGGUGCGGGGAGGAGGGGAUGGCAGCCCACAGACCCAGGCAGCUCUGCCUGCCCCUUUGCUGCUCCAGGGGCCAGAGAGUGGGGCCUACCUCACUCUUGCAGCUGCUGGCAGAGCCCCCUUCACUCUGCCCUAGGAAGCCUGUUCUGGGAAGCCCCAGGGAGGCUGUUGCUUGCGCCCCGCAGAGAGAAGCCCCCAGGCUUCCCCAGCCGGCCCUGACUGCUGCUGUCACCUGGGAGAGAAGGGUCUGUCCUGGGACACCUGGCUCUGGGGAGGGCUGCGCCUGUGGCUGUUCUGUGUGUCCCCAGCUUUGGUAUCUGUGACCUUAUCCAAGCCACUUGUUACAAAUAAACUGACAACUCCAAACCCAG